AGACAAAGGGCCUCUCCCCACCUUGUCUCUUUCCCCUUGUUCUGUCUUCCUCAUUAGCCUUUCUGUGGACUGCCCAAAAGGCAGCACUGUGAUGACCACAAAAUCAGCUCUUCAUCUUUCCUGAAAAGUAUUUCUAGUGCAGCUGUAAAAAGUAUCAAGCUUCUGAGCUUCUCCCCACCACCUUUUUGGCUACUUAUUUCUAUCACUUGUGAAUAGAACCUGGACUUCAGGUAUUGGUUUUGAGACAUCAUAAGAAGGCCAUGACAAGGUCUGUGUCCCCAUUAUUCUUUCUUGGGUUGCUCCAAAUGGCAAUUAUGUUCUAAAAAGAAUAGUAGGAUAGAUUGGUUUUUCCUGAGGAUCAUAACGGGAUAGAUUGGAAGAGUGCAUACUGAAGGCCUUUAGUCCUUCUUCUUUCCGUCCAUGGAGACCAUAUCUCCAUCUCCUUCUUCCUUCUCUGCCCAUCAGGAGGAAGCACCGGCAUAUGAUGAGAUCUCCAUGAAACAGAGCCUGCUCUUCUCCCACAGCCUCAAGGACCUGAAGAAUCUGCGAUCGCAAUUGUACUCAGCAGCAGAAUAUUUUGAGUUAUCUUGCAGCAAUGAUGACCAGAAACGGACAGCUAUGAACACCUUGAAAGAUUAUGCCCUUGAGGCCCUCGUUAAUACAGUGGAUCAUUUGGGCUCUGUCUCGUACAAGGUUAAUGAUCUUCUCAAUGAAAAAGUUGGUGAGGUUUCUGGAACAGAGUUUCGGGUUUCUUGCAUCGAACAGAGACUUCGAACUUGUCAAGAGUACAUCGAUCAAGAAGGCCGGUCUCAACAGUCUCUUGUGAUCCAAGCUCCAAAGUAUCACAAACAUUACAUUUUACCAGUAGGUGAAACUAUUCUUGAAUCUGGAAGACAUGCUAUACCGAAGUACCAAGAAUUAGACCCACCGAAGGAAUCACAGCAGUUUCAGACUGUGGUUCAAUCAACAAUUAGGGGAAGAAAACCCUCGUUCAGGAGACUGCGUUCCCCUUCGCCUUCUGCUUCCUCUUCCCCUUUCCAACGAGCACGCUCCUUAUCACCUUUUCAAAAAGCACGUCCGCCAUCACCUUCCCUAGAGAUUGGGAAAUUCUCCUUUAAAGAGAAAAGAGCAGUCUCGCCACCUUCAAAUUCAAAUCCAUCUGCACGUACAAAAUCACUCUCGAGUAGACCAAAUGCUGCUAACUCAUCAAAUAUUGGGCAUUGGUAUCCUUCGGAAACUCGAAAAUCAUCACCAAUGCACUUGCAUGCUGAAACAAACGGUCAUAAAGAGACCGAUCAAAAUUCAAAGAAGAGUAGAGGCCUCCUCAAGGCCUUGCUCACUAGGCGCAGAUCAAGGAAUGAUGAGUCAUUGUAUGCUUACUUGAAUGAAUAUUAAGAAUGCUGAACUGAAAGGGAAGCAAGGAAGGCAAACAAAUUAUCAAGAUCCUUUCCUAUGCUUUUGGUCUUUUUAGUUUUUCUCUUUUUAAUUGCUAUGUUUAUUUAUAAUCUUGUUGUAUGUUUGUUUUCGUUGGACAAGAGAAGAUGUUAUUUGUGAAGAACAGUUUUCAAAUAGCAAUAAAUUGUGCACCAAAUAGUUUUGUUUUUUUUU